ACUCAACCUCUCCUCAUAAGAAAAUCCCUCCAUACCUAGAAUCAACCUAGUAAACCUUCUCUGGACUGCCUCCAAUGCCUGGAUAUCUUUCCUUAGAUAAGGAGACCAAAAUUGUUCACAGUAUUCUUGGUGUGGUCUAAGCUUCUGACAGUUCUCGCUGUGUUAUAUUUAAUGUGGAAACGAUUGGGGUCCGGGUGUUGGAUGUAAAUGUCGCUAGCGGGAGGAAUUUUGAUAAAUCGGGGUUGCACAGUCCCUCGGUCAGUGAGAACUCAUACCCCGGAGUCAAAGUGGUGUGGGGUUCCGGCCCCGCAUGUGGGACUUGGAGCACGGAAUCUUGGCUAACGUUUCAGCGCAGCACCGCGGGAGUGCUGCCCUGCCUGAGGUACCGUCUUUCGGAAGCACCGGCAAACCGAGCCCUCGGGUGGACGCCCUGAUGGAUGAGGAGCAGCGACCUCCCCCCUGGCGUCCUGCACCCUCAACCCAACAAUCGCUUAAAUGGCUUGUUAAAUCCGGUUUUUUAAAUCUAAUUUGCUGGUUGUGGGGGGGCUUGCUUGUGUGGAAGAACUGAGACGCCCUGUUUGGCGACGCAGCAGUGACUACGCUUCAGGAGUUAUCCAUGAGGUGUAUCGUCGUCAUCUUAGCCGUUGUCCCAAAGGCCCAUAGGCAUCCCUCUCCAUCAGAGGCGACUCGUAGCUUGACUCGUAGAAGUCUGCAAGCUCAGAGCAAGGCAAGACCUCCGUGAUUAACCGCAGCCGGCACGGUGAUUGAACCUGCGCUGUUGGCAUCGUUCCAUAUCACACUCACCUAGCCAACUGAGCUAACCGACGCCCCCUAGCUGUGCGGAGUAUAUCACAGGUCCAGUUCUCUCUCUCUCUCUCUCUCCAUUGUUUUUGGGACCUUGCCUGCCCAGUCAGUAAUUUUCCCAAUUAAGUAUAUUUUGGAACGCUCACCGCCGAAAUUAGGAUGCGGACGAUCCCCAAACCCCUGCUGGCCCUGACUUGCCAGAGUGUUUCUGGGCAUCCCACCAAUGCUAACCUCGAUGGGGGCCACUGAUGGGAUGGGGGAGAGGUUGCUGGACGUUGCCAGGUACGUAAUGGGUUAGAAUCACCGGAAAGCCAGCACGCGAGGGUAUUCCCCCUCGGAUAUUUAUCAAAUUCCUUGUGAAGUAAUACCGACUUUGCCUCACUUGCCACUUGUGGAAAAGCAGUUGUAACCUCUUGGUGGGGCUGGGGGGAAGGGAAUUGGAGAAGAAGGGGGGAUCAUUCUCCAACCAGCCCCCUUUCAGCCUUUGACCCUGACUCCGCCCCACGGUAUAAACUUGCCAGCCACUGGAAACCAUUCCUCCUGACCCUGACCACCCCCACUGAGAAAAGCCUUUAAAUUGGAGAGCCCGAGGAAGUCCGGAUAGAUUGUGUUCACUUGUACCCAGUGUAUCACCCUGGUGAGAGGACAUAUGAUUCCUGCGGCUCGGAAGCAUUGGAUUUCUAUUGGGAAAGAUUCUGUGACACUAAUUAUGAGAGCGUGCUCCAGUACCAGGGUUAUAAUCAAGUGCUUGUAAUUCACUGAUCUAACGGAGGUCGAAUUUUGUACAGAAGCUUCUGGGUAUAAAAUAAAUCUUUAUUGCUUUGAAUUUUUGUCGGAUUCUAGUUUUUAUAGUGGUGGCAUCCUGCUGCCUGUCCUGCAGACUGGAGCACAUCAGCCAGCCGGGAGUGCCGCGCUGUCGGAGGGUGCAGCCUUUCCCGAUGCAGCAUCAGAUUGACAGCCUGAUUGUUUUCCCCCCCCACCCCGACUGGAUCUAAAGUGUCCCGGCCCCAUUGGAAGAAGAUUGGGGGAGGGGGCGCUGGGCUGGUGUGGUGGUGGAAGUACUCCCAUGUGUGUCCUGGUCCCCCUGCACCAAUAAUAAAUUCUUUCUGAAAGCGAGGUGCUUGAUGAGCAGCUUUUGCCGCAGCCGUGGCAAGGAGAAAAGAGAUGCAGUCACCCAGGUCUCGAGAACCAGCCUUUGUUCUUCAUGAACUACGUGACAUGUGUCGAACUCCACUCCAAGAGACUCGACAGGUGUGACUCUGCUCUGCUACUCAACUGCCUCAAGUUUUAAGGUGCCAAUGAUAAAACAGCAAGCCCAUGGUCCGAUUUAUUGUGCUCCAAUUAUAGAUAGCCUCAAAAAGAGGAACACACCCACCCCAUAUAAGUAUUAAGCUCCCAGUUGAACCAAUGCAAGGUGCAGUGGAUGGGUUAUGCCCUGCCAACUCUCAUUUGGGCAGUUGCUUCCCAAAGUGCCAGCAGGCACAUACUGAUGACUCCAGGGCUCAAAGCAAAGCAUUCACCUCCUUCCCGGUCUCCGAAGACAGCCAACAGGUGCCAGCCCUUCGUUUGGAACAAGGAGCUGGGUUGGCAGCAAACGCGUGUGUGGCUGCCGACAAGUUCCGGGACAGCACAGAUGGGAUGGGAAUGGCAAAGCUGAGGACUCCCCGGAUUGCAAAAUCCCGCCCCAGAUCAGGACUCGUCUGCGCUCCUGAAGAUGACCCCAUCCCCGACGUGGUUUCGCACGCUAGCAUUUCUGAACCGCUCCAACACACGGAUCCAGGAACCCAUCACCACCAUGGCCGCAAUGUAUCAUUUUAUGAUGCACCCCCGGCAUGGUCUACCCCUUGCCUGAUAAAGCACCCUAAACCAACUCAGCCUCACUCUUGUAACUCUGGUUCAACAAAGCACCCUGAUGCCUCUCAGCCUCACCGUGCCUGUGGUUCAGUGAGGCGGGCGAAAGCACCUCACUCUCACUCGGCCCCCAGGUCAGCGAAGUAUGCCAAACCUCCACAGCCUCGCUCCGCCCCAGGCCCCAUCAGGCAAAAUGAAAGGUCAUCGGCUCGCUUUGCCCCCGAUCCUGUCAGCUGCGUGAAUCUGUCUCACUCGCGCUCUAGCCCGGGACCCAUAAGGUGCAGGGGAGCCCCUCAGUCUGCCCACCCUCUCCCGAGUCCAGUCAGACACUCAGAGACGUCCCACUCUCACUCCAGCCCCACUCCGAUGAGGCAUGCUGAAACCCAUCCGAUUCCCUUUAGCCCCACUCCAAUAAGGCACACAGAACGGCCUGACUCUCAUUAUACCCCCGAUCCUGUCCGAUGUACCAACGCAUCUCAUUCUCACUCUAGCCCCACUCCAGUAAGGCACGCAGAUAUACCUCAGCCCCACUCUACCCCUGAUCUUGUCCGAUGUACCAACGCAUCUCAUUCUCACUCUAGCCCCACUCCAGUAAGGCACGCAGAGAUACCUCAGCCCCACUCUACCCCUGAUCUUGUCCGAUGUGCCAACUCAGCUCAUUCUCACUCUAGCCCCACUCCAGUAAGGCACGCAGAGAUACCUCAGAUCCGCUGUACCCCUCAUUCUGUCCGAUGCGCCAACACAUCUCAUUCUCACUUGACCUCUGCUGGGUUAAGGCACACUGUGUCAUGCCGCUCUCGUUUUACCCCUCAUCCUGUCCAAUGCACCAACGCAUCUCAUUCUCACUCUGUCCCCCCGCCCAUAAGGCACACAGAGACACCCCCGAUUCCCUCAGGCUCCUGUCCGAAGAGGCACACCGAACCACCUUGGUCCCAUUUCGCCCGUGAUUCUGUCAGAUGCGCCAACACGGCGCAUUUUCACUCAAGCCUUGGUCCGGCAAGGCACCCUGAAACAGCUCACUCUAUCCCUGCCCCUGUGAGGCAUGCUGUAAGGCACCCUGAAACAGCUCACUCUAUCCCUGCCCCUGUGAGGCAUGCUGUAAUGCAGCACUCUCAUCUUGUCCCAUCCUCAGCAAGACGCGCAAACACAUCUCAUUCUCACUCAAGCCCGAGUCUGAUGAGGAAGCCCCCAGCACAUCGGGGUGGGCUGAAGCACGCACAGAAACCCCAGACGUCUCUUAGCCUGGUCCCAAUAGGGGCUGCCAAAUCAGGGGACAGUCAAGUGCAUUAACAGAAUCAGUUGCCCAACGCCGCAUGUCUAGAAAACUUUACUUCAAACCGCUAAGAGUUGCCAAACUGGUCUGCCCCUCAACAUAAAGCCAACUCCCAACAUCUCAUGCCAUUGAUGCCGAUCUGGAUCGACUUGGACAGUUCCAAUCAAUGAAUUUCCAAGUCCUGUUUAGCCAACCUAGGAAUCAGAAGUCAGUAAGAGUAGAACAGCAGAGAGGUGACCAGGUCCAUCUUCAAUUGCUUCACUGGCUGGAGUCUCUUAACCUUUCACGAACUUUUUUUCCCCCCAACGUCACUGUCUAUUGCCUGUAAAGAGAAAUUGGAGCUGCUCUACCUCUCGUUCAUACCCCAUGGGGAACUUGGCCAGUUAUU